GGGGGGGAUCCUGCAAAGACACCAAGACAUACUGUCGUGUCGUCCUGUAAACAGGUGCUAUUGUAAACACCGACAGAUUUGCCAUACAGACUAAGGCAUAACAAUGGGCCCAAAGAAGAGAGGUAGAAAGAAAGUGAUAACAGAAGGGAAAGAUCCACAGGUUGCUAAAAGCAAAGAACCAGAUAGCAAACGACCAAGAAGAACAUGUAGAACUAAUGAGAGCCAUGUAAAGCUUACCAAAAUGCCUACUUUCACGACUUCACUCAAUGAUUCCAAUAAAAAUCAUCCAGAUUCUGAGGAUUUUUUCCCACUUUCACAGGCAGGAAAACUUAUCCCUACAUUUGGCAAAAAGACCAAGAAACCUAAAGAGUUAUCAAGUGAAAGUAAGGGACGAGUUAUACUGGAAAAUAAUGAGGCCACCACUAGUAAGGAUAUUAAUUAUACAGGCACUAGCAAUAUUUAUGCUUAUGUAGCCAACAAUGACAAAUCCACGACAAAAACCAACUUAGAUAAAAUUGAUAAUAAAACCAUAAUCAACUCAGAUAUUGAAAAAUUGAAAAUUGACAGAGAUGGAGUUGUUGAUGAAUGUCCUAUAAGUAAAGAUUCACACUUAAGUGCUAUUAUAGAUGACAUUGUUGAUAAUCUUUCUGAGGAAGCAUUGAAAACUAUUGAUGAGGCUGACAUUGGGGAUAAGGAUCAAAACAACACAUCCCAAAUAAACGAUGAUGAAAGGUCCCUCAUCAAUGAGAAGAAUUUAGCUGUUGAUAAGGUUCCACUUGAUGGUGAGAACAUGAAGAUUCCAAUUGAUGACAAAAAUGUUUCAAAUAAUGAUAGUCUGAGCAUGGCUCAUCCAGUUUGUGUAAAGGAGAGUGGUUAUAAUGUGUCUUUAUGCAAAGACAAAGCUAUUGAUGGUGAUGAUGGAACUAAGGAUGGUAAUGCCACUGGUUGUGCCAUGACUAGAAACAAUAAUGCCAAGUGUGUCAACAUUGAUUCAACAUAUCAUAAUGACAUUAAGGAUACAAAUAAGGAACAGGUUGAGGAUCAAGUUGAAAAAUACAUUCCAAAUCCUGAAGAGUCUAAUAAAGAUAAUCCACAAGAUGGUGAUUUGAAACAAAAUGCCAACAUUCAUUGUAGGGAUAUUGUCCAAUAUGUUAAUGUUUUAACAUCAGUCCCAACAAUGGACACUGCACACUCCAAAGCUACCAACCUGAGAGUAAGUGAAUUUGAAGAAAGGGACACUGGAGUUACCACUGUUUCCAACAUAACAAAUCACUCAAUCACGCGGGACACUACCAAACUUGAACUAGCUCAAUUACCAAUUAAAAUGAAACCAACGGAAAACAAUAAGUCUGAAUGUGAAAACAUUAUCACUGAUGAUGAUAAGGCCAACAUUACACAAGGACAAACAAAUAUUGACCUUUCCAAAAGCUUGAUCAAGGAGGUUGUCAAGUCCAACUCCAUAGUAAAGCCACCUGACAGCCCAAGGGAAGAAGACAACACCAGCAAACUACAUGUUCCAACCACAAUUGAAGGUUGUGACACCCUUCAUGAAACAACCCCUGAAUGUUCGAGGUUAUCUAAAGCCAAGGAACCACAUAUGGAGUUAACCACUGAAGGUGCGAAGUCAAAUUCUGUUACAUUUGACAGCCAGGACUUCAUGGAUAUAACAGACUCUCAGCUUUGUGACUUGGAUGAGGAUAUGUUAAUAAGUUCCAGAAUUGACGAUUCCAGUUCCUCAACAUCCAUGCAAACUAACGAUAGUUUAACAACCACAGGUGCACACCACAGUGUAGACCUAGGCCCACCACAGUUCAGUACUACAAGUUCUAUGGGAUUAACCCAUAAUUUACGAUGCACCCCUACACCAGCUACUGUGGCACCCACCAAGGCACACCCACCACAAGGGAAUUUCCAGCAAGAAGCUUCACUACAAGUAGAUAUAAAGACAACAAGGGAGCUGAAGAAUUUAACAACAGAGUUAAUGAGAUUAAAUGUUCUGUUGACCAAGACACAGAGAGACAUUGAUAUCUUUGAGAAACAGAGACAAAUCCAGAAACAAAGACAGUUAGAGAAAGUACAACAAUGGUGAUAAUCUAAAUAUUAUAAAGUUACGAUACUGUACAUAACUCUCACCCUAAUUCGACUUUGACACAAAGCUUUAUUGAACCUUGAAACAAUCACUCAUAUAGAAAGUGAAUAUUCCUUUUAUGUUGGUCACCAGAAAUUAUAGUCUCCAACUGGUGUUUAAUGGUCAGAAUUCGGCAACUGUAACAAAUGGCAAGUGGGGAACAUUUGCCAUGUUAAUGCCUUGUUUUAAAUUGAAAAGGUGCUAGUUUUUCGAUUUGGAUUGGAACUCACCCCGCUUACUAGGUUACUCUUUUUUCAAGAUAUUUGCAGAAUGGAGGGUUUGUGUAAGUAGCAUAGGUACUAUUAAGAUACACAUCGUUGAAAAUGAAAAAUAUCCUAGGAUUAUUACUGUUGCAUGUAUUUUACCUUUCAUCCUUGUCUAAAUUGUUUGCUCAAAAAUCAUAUUUCAUUCACCAUGAUCAGCCUUCAUGCUUGAUCAAUCAGUUACAGUUCAAAUAAAAAUACAUACAUCAAGUGAAAGCUUGAAAAUAUCUAGUAACCUAGUAAGUGGACAAGUUCCAAUGAAUCUACAGUCAGGAUCUAACAAUCAGCAAGAUAAAUCAUAUUGAUGGGGUAAUUUGAGUUAAAUGGUAAAUAACAGUAUUAUAAAAAUACUAUCAUCAUACUUCAGUUUUAGAUAAAAAAAAGAAUCAUAAUCAAUAUUUUUCUGUAAUUCUUUGGUACAUUGAUUGCCUCAAUUGCCUCAUACACCCAUGUUGUAUAAAUAUUUUCAAUCUAAAAAGUUUGACCUACAAGUUAGAAGUUGACCAAGUUACACCUUUGUAGACAAAUCAGGAUAUGCAUCAAGAUCAUAUGAGUCCUUCAGUACUCAUUAUUCUGCCAUUGAUUAAUCUGUUAAUACAUGAAGACAAAAAUACACAUCAUUUGUACAAAUAAUUGUAAUUUUGGUUUUAUUUCAUAUGUACACAGUAAAAUUCACAGGAGUAUUUAUUAUUUAGUAUCCUACAUAUUAUUUCAAAAAUAAACUUUGUUGUAUUCAAUAUUUCAUUUGUGAUUUAUUGCACUGUUUCUGAUUC